GUCGUAGGAAAGUUCAAUGAAAUGGACAACGUCGACGCAGCACCUAUAAUAUCAUUAAACACUGGUACACCACAGAAUGAGAAUCCAGACUCAUUCAAUAUACAAGUGAAUAAUUCGGAAUUAAAUGAUCAA